AUGGCCCAACGGUUGAAGCGCAAAUUAGAUAACAUGGGUAUAGACCCAGCUAGUGCAAAAGCCAAUGAGAACUUCUGCUUGAUUGGUACCCCACUUCCAUCUCUUGCCAGUACCAAAGAUGCCAAUGAGUUUGUCCCAGUAUGGAAGCAGGAAGUACGGGAUGAAAAAGGCCGAAGACGGUUGCAUGGUGCUUUCACUGGUGGAUUCUCAGCUGGUUACUUUAAUACCGUUGGUUCCAAGGAAGGAUGGGCUCCUUCCACCUUCAAGUCCUCUCGAAAUGCCCGUGCUAGUCACAAGGGCUCUCGACCUGAAGAUUUCAUGGACGAAGAAGAUCUCGCUGAAAUGCGCGACAGCCAACAACUUGUUGACACGAGCGAGAGUACUGAAUUGACCCCUCGAAUUCAAUCAAACGACGACCAUUCUUUGACCUCGGCUUUGCAGUCCCUCACUCUUCCAUCGCUGGACUCACCAGGUGCCAAGUUGCUUCGAAAAAUGGGAUGGAAACCUGGGCAGGGAGUAGGGCCUCGAGUCUCUUAUACUCGAAGGCGACAACAAGACAUUGAUGCUGGCGUCGUUCCUCAGGGUGUACCAGAGGACGCCGAGGCCAGCAAGCAUCUUUUGCCCCAAGGGAUACACCUGUCCUUUUAUUUCGGGCUAAAGAUAAUGCACAUGGACUGGGACACACUGGUCCAGUCCGGUUGGGCGGAGAUAUCGGGGCUGGGAGCAGACCCAACGAGGGGCCCUAUCAGUGCUGGAUUCGGUUUGGGUGCACUCAACGACGCAGAUGAAGAUGACAUCGACGUAUACGAUGAGACGUCCAUAGGGCAAGAUGAAUGGUAUCCGUUGCCUGAUGUACCGCAAGGAUGGACAGCCGAUCCUAGACGGGUAUGGACGAAAUUCUCAGGCGUUGAUGGUGGCACAAACAGGGGCGUGGAAGAUGUCGGAACAAAGACCGAGGCUGUGCAUGAGGGGAAAUCAGGGUGGAAGAACGCCCCGACCGCCCAAGAGCGCGGGGCCCAACUAGGCGAACCGGUGCUCCCGCAGGCGAAGAAAUCUGUCUUUGAGUACCUUUCGCAAAAGGAUCGUGAUCGCCUCUUAAACUUCCGCGCAACGGCUACAUCAGACACGCCCGAUGGACCCCAGGCGGUACCUCCUAGGCCUACCGUUAAGCCGCGUAUAGCUCCAACUACAGCUCCUACAGCCAAGGCUGCUCUGCUCGGGUUUCAACCAUUUACUGCGGACCCACUUCGAAAUGCGCGUUACACCGCAUACCUGCAGUACUAUGCAUCAGCGCCGACCGCGUCAGAUACACCCCCUGCUUCGCUGGGUUUGCUACCAGACCAAAACGUGGAACAGUUUAAUAAAGAAAUGGAGGACUACGCCAAGGCGGCGGCUAUCUUCAAACCAGUCACCGGGGCUAUGGCAGGACGAUUUGUAGGGGGAUCUUCGACAAUUAUUGGAGGAGCGCCCAUUGUAGAAGGAGGGCUCUAUCAGCCAACAUAUGAAAAGAAGGACGAAGGAUCUACACAGGGUCCUACUCCCAUUGAGGAUGAGGAUCCCAAAGCCAAUGCGGCGCGACUUGGCAUGUAUGGUCCGCUCACCCAUGAAGUACGGCCAUGGUAUCCCCACCGAUUACUAUGCAAACGCUUCGGGGUUCAUGAUCCCCACCCUGAUGGGCCGCCUACCGCGCCUACGAAAACAUGGGAAGAAGAAGUGGGCGUAGCUCCGACAGCACCGGCGAACGUAGACCUUGACAAUAUCGAGAUGAAGCCGUUAGAUACGGUCGAAGUCCAUGAGGGGGAGGGGGUUGCAGAACAAGACCUUGGCCCCCGCGACUUAGCGAACGUUGGACUAGGGGACGAUCCACAUCAAGGCGUGGACACCCUCACGUACGUACGCCCCACUAUGGACGUAUUCAAAGCUAUCUUUGCCAGUGAUGAAGAGGAAAGCGAUGAAGAAGCCAGUGAUGGCAAUGUGGCGACCAAGCCUGAAGCACCUAUCUCCGCUUUAGACGCAGCUCUAGCCUCCGUUAGACGCGCUGCUCCACCUCACAUAUCGACCAAAGCGGAGGAAGGACCAGAGGGACCAGAGCCUCCUGUGGAUCUUGCCACGUUCAAGCCUAUCUUCAAUCUCCGAACCAAAACUAAGGAUAAGGAAGAGAGGAAAUCAAAGGACAAGAAGAGCAAGAAGGAUAAGGGGAAGCGCGCUGCACUUUCUUUCGACGUUGACGAAGAUGCAGAUACGGAAAACGCUUCGAGCAGCAAGGGAAAGAGGCGCGAACGAGACGGAGAGGCGGCCCGAAAACCAAAAAAGCCUCGGACUCAAGACGAAGACGAAGAUGAAUGGGUAGAGAAGCAGCCUCCCGCUGCUACCGUAUCCGUUGGGACCGGAGAGAAGACAUGUCCCGAUUCAAGCGGGGCGCCAUCGACGCUAACCGAGGGAGCAGGUCCACCUCGGGCCCGGAAACGUGCUAUCGACUUCAUGUGA